AUGCUGCUAGCAGCACUCGUGGCACUAGCCACGCUCAAUGUCCGCCUCGCGCCGCUGCGUGUGUCGCCGGCAGCCAUGAUGGCCGGCCGCGGCUUUGGGCGGGCGGCGAACCCUGGCGGCACUGGACAGCCGAAAAAGCCGCGCAAGCCGAGCAGCAAGCGACGGGGCCGGGCGCCGCCACGACAGAAGAUCGGGUCGCUCGAGGCAAAGCUGCUGCAGGAGCACGCGGCGUCGUGUGCGGCCGCCGAGGCCACCUUUGCCGUUUGCGCCUCGGACGGCGACGGCGAGUACGCCGCUGGAUGGACGGCGCAUCCUGUUCCCGCAGGAGCCGUCUCGGAGACGCUUUACAGCGCGGAUCAGCCGCUGCUCCUCGAGUCGGAAGGCCCGCUCCUCUCCGAGUCCGAGUGCGGCGCCCUCACAAACGCGAUGCUGCUGCACGGCGCGGCGGGCGGCUGGGACAGCCGCUACCCUCUCGCGGGCUACACGCGUGAGGUCAAGGUCAGCGACAUGCCUGCGGCGCUGGAGAUGCUCAACGGCGCGUUGCGGAGCACGCUGCUCCCGGCCGCCGCCUCCGCAUUUGGCCUCGAAGCGUCACACCUCCGCGUCAACGAGGCGCUCGUCGUGCAGUACGACGCCGCCUCGGGCCACAACGCGCUGCCCAUCCACCGCGACUUUUCGCUGCUCACGAUGAGCAGCGCGCUAGAUGCCGGAGGGAGACAGACUGGGCUGUUGAACGUCGCCCUCUCGCCGAGCGAUUCGUACGCGGGCGGAGGCACCUGGUUCGAGCACUCUGGCGAGACGCUUGUCUGCGAGCGGGGCGGCGCGCUGCUGCAUGCGGGAGGGCUACCGCACUGCGGCGUACCCGUCACGCGCGGCGUGCGCCACCUCCUCGUCCUCUUCCUGCUUGCCGCCCCCCUCCCGCUCCUCGCCGGCCGUCUGCAGGCCAUCGGCGCCGCCGCCGGCACCAAGCCGCAGUUCUUCAGCCAGCCGCGCCGCCGGCCCGCCGACCUCGCACUCAGCAGCGCGGCGCUUCAGCUCGCGAUCGAGGCGAACCCGCGCGACGCGGAGAGCCACAGCCAGCUUGGCCACAACUUCGCGUCCGAGGACCGCCACGCGGACGCGCAGCGCUGCUUCGAGGCUGCCGUCGAGCUCAGCCGAGGGAGGGACUUUGCGGCCCUCGUCUCGCUCGCGGAGGCGCAGGCGGCGCAGCGGCAGCACGCCGCCGCGCUCCUCGAGCGGUACGAGGAGGCGGGGCUCCUCUUCGACGCGCUCAUCGACGAGGAGCCAGGCGGCAUGGAGGACGUCGAGGCGUGGGCCUCGCUCGGCGUCUGCAUGGCGGCGCUGCGCCAGCCCGAGGCGGCGCUGUCGUGCCAGAAACAGGUGCAGCGGAUCCGGGCGGCGAGUGCGUCGGUGCCGUAG